AUGGCUGACGAAGUUCCAACAACGAAAGAAGCCAAAAACAAUCCCAAAAUUGAACGCCUAUUUUUAUCCCCCAUUCUCUCUCUUUCCAUCUUCUUCUCUUCCAUUGAAGCACCUCCAACUCUCGUCUCAAUCAUCACUUAUAACAAAAGGGCUUUUACUGUUGACCUUUUAACCCUAAAAGCUUGUUGUGGUGAACCCAAAUUGGGUGUUUGUUUGAUCACUUCAAGAGAUUGUUUCAAGAUUACCUCAGGGCAAAAGGAUGUUUUGUCAUUUGGAUGCUGUGAUGCUAUGGGUAACAGAUUGCAAUUCCCAAGUACCCGUUCUUUUACACCAAGAUUAAAGAAGUAUGUCUCCCCUCUAAAGGUAGUUUGUGUUGACUAUCCAAGACCAGAUCUUGAUAACACAUCUAAUUUCUUGGAAGCUGCUUACUUGUCUUCAACCUUCAGAACUUCCCCACGCCCAUCUAAGCCAUUGAAGAUUGUAAUUGCUGGUGCAGGUUUAGCUGGUUUAUCAACUGCUAAGUAUUUAGCUGAUGCAGGUCACAAGCCAAUUUUACUAGAAGCAAGAGAUGUUCUUGGUGGAAAGGUGGCAGCUUGGAAAGAUGAUGAUGGAGAUUGGUAUGAGACAGGUUUACACAUAUUCUUUGGAGCUUACCCAAAUGUACAAAACCUGUUUGGAGAGCUAGGAAUUAAUGAUAGAUUACAGUGGAAGGAGCAUUCUAUGAUAUUUGCAAUGCCAAAUAAGCCUGGAGAAUUUAGUAGGUUUGACUUCCCAGAUGUUUUACCUGCACCAUUGAAUGGAAUUUUUGCUAUCUUGAGGAACAAUGAAAUGCUGACGUGGCCUGAGAAAGUGAAGUUUGCAAUUGGGCUGUUGCCUGCAAUGUUAGGUGGACAGGCUUAUGUUGAGGCCCAAGAUGGGCUUAGUGUUCAGGACUGGAUGAGAAAGCAAGGCAUACCAGAUCGAGUUACUACUGAAGUGUUUAUUGCAAUGUCAAAAGCAUUAAACUUUAUAAAUCCAGAUGAACUUUCAAUGCAAUGUAUUCUCAUUGCUCUAAACCGUUUUCUUCAGGAAAAGCAUGGUUCCAAGAUGGCAUUUUUAGAUGGAAGUCCACCAGAAAGACUUUGCAAGCCAAUUGUUGACCACAUCGAGUCACUCGGUGGCCAAGUCAAACUCAACUCACGGAUACAAAAAAUUGAGUUAAACAAAGAUGGAACUGUCCGGAACUUUCUAUUGAGUGAUGGGAAUGUUCUAGAAGCUGAUGCUUAUGUUUUCGCUACCCCUGUUGACAUUCUCAAGCUUCUUUUACCUGAAGAAUGGAAACCAAUUCCAUAUUUCAAAAAAUUGGAGAAAUUAAUCGGUGUUCCAGUUAUAAACGUUCAUAUAUGGUUUGACAGAAAGCUGAAAAACACAUAUGAUCACUUACUUUUCACUGAGGAAUGGAUUUCAAGAAGUGACACUGAUAUUAUUGAUGCAACAAUGAGUGAACUUUCAAGGCUUUUUCCUGAUGAAAUUGCAGCUGAUCAAAGUAAAGCAAAAAUCUUGAAAUAUAAAGUUGUUAAAACACCAAGGUCUGUUUAUAAAACUGUUCCAGAUUGUGAACCAUGUCGACCCCUACAAAGGUCUCCAAUUCAAGGGUUUUAUUUAUCUGGUGAUUAUACUAAACAAAAGUAUUUAGCUUCAAUGGAAGGUGCUGUUUUAUCUGGAAAAUUUUGUGCACAAGCUAUUUUACAAGAUUAUGAGAUGCUUGCUACACGGGGUGAAGUGGUUGCUGAGAAAAAGUGUGGGAUUUUGAUGAUAAUAUGA